UAUUUGGCUAUAUGCACUAAUACAUCUCCAGAACUGUUUUGAAACCUGAUGUACCCUAUUGUGUAAGAAGCAUAUAAAAGCUGAGUAAAGGUUGGGUGUUGUAUGUAAUGUGUUCAGUCUUAACUGUCAUUAGAUUCACUUUUGUUUGUGUCCAUUAGAGGUUUCAAUUACUUGUAAUUAACUUCAUUUGCAAAUGAAAUGGAAGAGGGCAAGAUUGAAGACAUCCAGGAUAUUCUAUGACUUAAUGUGUGGGGAUAUUUAUACACAGCCAGGCGUGAGUCUUUAUGCCACUUUAAGGAUUUAAUGCUGGCAUCUAUUUUUAGUGGACGCUUUCCUUUGAAAGUGGAUGAAUCAGGAGCAUGUCUAAUUGAUCAAGAUGGAAGUCUGUUUAAAUACUUGGAUUAUCUUCAUGGAGAAGUUCAGAUUCCUGAAGAUGAACAAAUUCGAAUUGCACUGCAAGAGGAAGCAGAUUAUUUUGGCAUCCGUUAUCCAUACAGUCUGUCUGAUCAUUUGGCUAAUGAAAUGGAGACUUAUUCUUUAAGGUCAAAUACAGAGCUUAAAAAGGCUUUGUUAGAUUUCUGUGAUUCUUAUGAUUUAGUUUGUACCAAGCCUACAGUUUGGGUCCUGAACUGCCUCAACACUUAUGGAGUAAGCUGUGAAAAUAAAAUUGUUGGUGUGUAUGCCACAAAAGCUGAUGGGACCGAUGCAAUUAAUAAGGACCUAGGAACAAAAAUUCAUAUUAAUAGCAUUUACAAAAGAGAAGUUGGAAAUAAUGUCCAGUACAUCUGGAGCUAUUACUCAGUAGCCCAGUUGAAAACGAUGAUGGAUGCUUUUGAUGCCUGGGAAGGGAGAGGUAUCAGCUACUGGAGAGUACCCCAGGAGCUGAUUGAAUGCUGGACUCUUGAGGAGUGCCCUUUGAAAGGCAGUUUCCAUCAUUUCCCUGCAGUUUCUUGGAGACAAUUAAUUGACUUUACUGAAGCAGAAGACUGUUUACUGUGUAAAGCAGGUUCCAAGCCAAUUAGAUUCUCAGGUCCCUCAACAAGUACCCAUAUCAAAGUCAAGAAUUCAGCUGCUUUAGAGGUAGCUGCUUGCAGUGCCUCACAUUCUGCAGUGACUUCUAAACAAACCAACAGUGAGAGUCUGACGUUGCCCAGCAAUUCCCAGGAGCCCUGUGGAAGGCCGAGUGUUGGCAAUGGGACACCGUGUCAUGUGACGAUUGAGGUGGCAGCAUCUAGGAAGCCUGGAAGCAACUGUGUAGUAAAGCUGAAGUGCACUCCACUUUUUCUAGUGGCACCAAGUCAGCCAUCUUCUUCUGUGACCAGUAAAACAAGUGAACGGGACAGUGGUCCUGUUGAAAUUCCUACCGCUUCUGUGGUACUAAACAAGAAAGAAACAGCUGUGUUAGCAGAUACUACUAAACUUGUGAAUGAUAAAGUGGAUGGAUAA